UGAAUUGAUUUUUACAUUAAUAUCCAAUAAUGCAUUAUAAGUCACCAUCAUAUCACUGUUUGAUGAAAUUUUUGCAUCAAAUGGUGUAAUGUCUUAUAUAAUCUGAUAAGGUUCAUAGGAAAGAUUAUUUCUGUUUUCUGAAAUAUGUGACAGUUGAAGAAAGAAUUAUUUUUAUUUCAUCACAGUACUAGCACGAAAAUUUGGGCAUCCAAAGCUAAUUUUCAUGUAAUGAACUGUGAUUGAUUGCAAUGGAUUUUGUUGAAGCAAGAACAUUGAAGAAGAAAACCGAAAUUGUUCAGAAGUAUGCAAAAAGAAAACAGAGUAUUGCAACAAUCCCGAAACACCAUGAAAUUUUCAGCAAUCCAGAAGAAAAGCCUAUUGGUCGAUGAAAAGGCGCGGCAUGACGGGGGGAGUAAUUUGACGACAUGGCAACACAUUAUUGGCAAAUGUGAUUGGCUAUGCUCUGUAAGUUCACGUGAUGGCAACGGUGUGCUCCGAUUCGUUUAUUUACCAGAAAUCUUUCGUGAAAAACCUCCGGGUCACGUGAUGCUUAGUCGCCAUCUUGCCAUUCAACAUUUUGUCAACUAAAGCCGAGAAGCGAGAGUAGAUCGCGCUUAAAGUGAUAUUUGGUGCAAAUUAUCUUUCACUUUGACAACUGAUUAAAAAACUCAACGCAUUCAUAUAACGGCAGGUGAGACGAUCAUCGAUUACCUUCGUCUGGGAAUAUGGUUUAAACCGUUCAAAUGACGCGCGAUGGUUAAGGAUAGUUUUCCCGCCGUACGUUAGGAUGUUCUGUUUGAUACAUUCCAUUAUAGAACUUGUAUCUUUAAAUCUGAUGCAGACCUCAGGAGGAGAUCAAAAUCUGAUAUUGAUGGAAGGACUUAGAUUUCUCGUAUAUUUUGCUUCCAAGGCUUCAUAGAAAAUGAGCUGUGCUGACUCAGAAGUGACAUCCACUCUGAGCAGCCACAGAAAUGAUCAUGAAUCAUCACAUAAUCAAGUUAAUGCAGAAACUCGGGACUCUUCUGGACCUUGUAUCGAUUUUCAACCUGAUGAAAGAUGGCACAUUGAAGAAGAUGAUGAUGAAUCUAAACCUCAACAGACAAAAUUUCAAGAAAACUCAAAAAUGGAUAAAAAUGAAUCCACCAAAACUUGUAAAUGUUUUUUAAUAGAACCAAAUUGUAAGUGCAAAAUAAAUGAUUGUAUCUCAGAAGAUUUGAAUAGCAAAUGUGCCUUUGGAAAUGGUAAAGUUCCUGUGUUGUUACAAGAUGUCUCUGAAGAAUCAAUGAAGUUUAAUGGAGAUGUUGAUAAACAAUUUGAAACUAACAUAUCAACAUCAGAAGGUAAAAAAAUGUUAUCUGAUAACACACAACCAUCAGUUAUUACUGUUAAUGUGAAAUCUUCAGUUACUGUAGAAAAUGAGAAAAUGCCUUCUGAAAUUGAAAAAACAUCAUGUCAAAAUUCAAUAACCAUCUCUGAAAUUAAUGACACAAAAUGUAAAACAGUUGAAAAUGACUUAAAACUUAAUAAAAAAUCUAAAUCCAGAGAAAAGCAGACAUCUGACAAUGCUGAAAAACAGUCUGAAAUAAUGAAUGAGAAAUCUACCAAAACUGAUUCAAAAUCUGAAGUUGAAAGUGAAAAUGAAGAGUUUCCAUCUCAUAGCUUAGCUCCUUCAAUAUCUGACAAUUCCAAUCAAAGUGAAAAUAUUUCUGAUUCUGGAAAAGACCCUUUGAAUGAAGAAUCAUCUAGCAAUCUUAGUGCAAUUAAUUCUCAUGAAGAGUCAACUAAUGUAAUAUCUGUUGAAAAUGCAUUGCCAAAUGUUCUUUCUGAGGAUUUCAAAUCAGAGAAAAGGACAUUUGACAGCAAUAACAAUAAUAAGCAUUUUAGAGAAUCUGAUAAAUUAGAAAAUGAAGUUUUAGAUACAAAUACUUCAUGUGAUAAAGAAAAUGAAUCACCUGAAAUGGAGAUAAGUGAUGAUUUAAAGAAUGAAACUAAACUUCCAGAUGGUUUUGACAAAUAUAUAAAAGUAGGUAAGUAUGUUCCUGUGAAAAUACCUAAAAAAGAUUUCUCACUGGGAGAAAAUGAAGCUGUAUUAGAGUGUCCUUCAUUAGUUACCCCUCUUCUGUUAUUAAAAGAACCUCCACAGUUUAAUUUGCCUAAGGGAAAAAGCAAUUCUUCACAUACUUCUAAACAAAUUUUUCAUGCAAAAGAUUAUUUUAAUUCAACCACAGGAAAACUGUUAAUGAGCUUAGGUCUUAGUAGAGUUAAAGAAUGGUAUCAUAAAGAUAUGAUUAGAUUAAAAGAAAGACAAAUGAAAAGAGAUGGUAAAAGUAAAAUUUUGAAAGACAAUCAAGAGAGACAUGAGGAGGCUUAUUUGGCUGCAAAACGAGCAAACCGACCUUUCAGUUUUCCCAUGAUGAGAUGUGAACUUUGUCCAUUCAAUACAGAUUCAGAAAUUGUUUUGGAAGGUCAUAAUUUAAUGCCACACAUCACAUCAAGAAGAGAAUUCAGGUGCAGUUAUUGUGCCUUUCUAACAAGAGAUGCAAAAUCCAUUAUGUUUCACUAUGAAGCAAUACAUAAUAAACAAGCUGUUUUAGAACCUCCUGCACAAUUUUAUGAAUGUCCUUUUUGUUCAUUUGAAAGUAAUUUGAAGACUAAAGCAAAUAGUCAUGUAAACAGAUGUCAAAAAAAUUUCAUAUAUAUUCGAAAUCAAGCUCCUGCAGAUUUUGAUUUUCCAGGUUUGACAGCAAAACUUGUCAAUAUGACAGAUAUAAAAAAUUAUGAAUUACAACUUACAACAUCUAAAUCAAAUACUUGGACAGAUAAAGGUCAAAAGGGACUUUAUUCUAGAAAUCUUCAAGGUACUUCUGUUAAAGGAUCUAGACAGCUAAUGCCAGCAAAUAACAUGUCAUCAGGUAUUCCAUUAUAUCAACAAUUAGCCUCAUCUACUUUGUCUGACACUGCAAAUUCAAAUGCUGCAAUACAUAAACAAAAUCAACAAAUUGUUCCAGGUAUACAUCUUCCAUCUGGUCUAGUUAUAACUAGACCCAAAACACCCUCCAGCAAUCGUCUUGGUCGUCCUCCUCAAAGCUCCAUUUCUGUUUCUGUUCCUUCUCGUCAAAUUUAUCAGGUUGUCAAUGCAUCUGGUCAAGUAGUACCAUAUUUGGAUAAAAAAUCUUUAAAUUCUCAAUUACCUGGUUGGUUAACGUCAGUUGAUACAACUGUAACGCCUACAAAUUCUGGACCACAACCUGUUGCAUUAUUCCAUAAUAUUGCAUCAGGAGGAACAGAAAAUUCCAGUAUUCCAGCUGGUCCUAAAGCAGUUGUUUCUGUCCAUCAGAUUUCACCUGGUGGUUCUCAACUUCCAAGAUUGCAAGGUCCAUAUCCACCUCAAGGGGCGAAAGCUAAUACACCUCUGAGUAACAUUUUAGCAGGGAGUAGAUUUGUCAUCUGUGAAAUCUGUGAUGGUUAUAUAAAAGAUCUAGAUCAGCUUCGGAUUCACAUGCAGCUCAUUCACAAAGUAAAAAUUCAUCCCAAAAUGCUAGCUAGUCGACCACCUUUAAAUUGUCAAAAAUGUCAAUGGAGAUUUUUUACAGAUCAAGGGUUAGAGAGACAUCUUUUAGGAGCUCAUGGAUUGGUUACUUCAAACAUGCAAGAUAUGGCCAACAAAAGCCAGGAUAGUGGAAGAUGUACAAUUUGUGGUGGUGUAUAUGCUUGUAAACUGGUAGCUCAUAUGAGUCAGGUUCAUAAAGUCAUAUUAAAACCAGCACACCUUUCAUAUAAAUGUACUGUGUGUACUGCAACUUUCAAUCUAUACAAAUUAUUUGAGAAUCAUGUGUACACUGCUCACAGUGGUGCCAUGAAAAGAUCAAUGGAUGACUCUUCUCGGCGACCACAAAAGAAACCUGCAGUUUCACAAGUUGCUCGCAAAGGUAUGUCUCAGGUAACAAAGGUAGCAUCAACAGAACCUUCCUCAGAUGAAGAUGCAUCAAGUGAAGAACAAACAAAACAGUGUACUGAAUGUGGUAUUGAAACAGGGAAUCUGUUAUCUCAUUUAAGUGAAAAACAUAUUAAAAAGUGCUUUGUAAAACUUUGUAGGAUUGAAAAGUGUGAAAAGUGUCUUUGUUCAUUUGAUGGAUUAGUUGUGCUCCAUACCUCAGAUUUUGGAUUGGAUGAAGAUGAUGAUGAUCUAGAUGAGGACUAAAUCAACUUUAAAAAUAGUAAAAGUUAAAAAUAUAUAUAUAUAUAUAUAAAUAUAUAUAAUACUUUUAAACAUGCAAGAAUUUUGUGUGCAUGAUUAAUGUGUAAGGAUUAAAAACAUUGAUAAUUCGUAAUGUUGCUAUGCACUUUUAAAUUUUGUUUGUAUAGCAACAUUAUCAUAUGAUUCAGUCCCAUUUGUGUGUAGAAAUACUUGCUGUUUGGCCAAUGGUAAAAAGACACAUUUUGCAGAGAUGUUCAUGGAAGAUAUCAUGCUAAGAACAAGUAGAAUUUUAUAUGGUAAAUUUGAAUACUGCAGUAGUUUCCAUGUACAUUCGUUAUAUUAUAAUGGGAAUAUAAUUUGUUUUUUUGAGAGGUAUAAUAGUUUUAUCAACACUAGUAUUAAAGCAACAACUGGGUUAUAUUAUUGUAAUGAGAUAUUGGCCGUUGAUUUCAUAAAUUUAUGAAAUUGUAAGAAGUAUUAGUAAACAUAAGAAAGAAUAUUGAUAUUGAUAUUUAAUGCUUCAAUGUGAUUUCUAUAAUUGCUAUUAAUUUCACAAUUGGAAAAGAAUUGUUGUGUUAAUAUUGAAUUUUUUUUAUUAUUUAGUUUUAUAGAUGGAAAGCAUUGCUUGAUAUGAAUUCAAAUAUUUCAAGUUUAUGUUAGGCAGUUUCUGAAUGGUAAAGUUGCCGUAUCCUUUGUAUGUCCAACAUAUUUAAAACCAAAUGAAAGUCAUUUAAAAAAACACUGUAGAUGCCUGUGUAUUUCCAUCAAAAUGUAAAUUUGGUGUAUAUGGAACUUUCAGCUGGUAAUCUUAAUAAUACUGAUGGUAAUUGAAAUUAGACAGUUCAUUGGUGUAAAUAUGUUCCCUGGAAUUUACAUGUUGGAAUCUUUUUCAGCAAUGUGACAUACCAUUAAAAUUCUAAUUUCAUUA